AUGAGAAAAGGAAAUAGCGAGAGGCGCAACAAGAUCCAUAAUCUCCAAUCAUAUCGACCUAAGCUUCCAAAGAACUCGCAAUUCCUUCUUGCACCAACCAAUUAUGUUCAAGGGGUCAUCUUCAACAAUGCAACUAUUGGAGGAGGAGCCUUAGGUGGUGGGGCGAAUUUUGGUGGUGGAGAAAAUUUAGGGGGAGGGGCGAAAGGUGGAGGUGUGAAUUUAGGGGGUGCUGCAAAAGGUGGAGAAGCUUUUGGUGGUGGUGUAAAUUUAGGUGGAGGUGCAAAAGGUGGUGGCGCCUUAGGUGGUGGUGUAAAUUUAGGGGGAGGAGCAAAAGGUGGUGGGGCUUUUGGUGGGGGUGUGAAUUUAGGGGGUGGUGCAAAAGGGGGCGGUGCAAAAGGUGGAGGAGCCGUAGGUGGAGGCGUUAACUUCGGUGGAGGAGCUCUAGGUGGGGGCGUAAAUUUAGGAGGAGGGGCGAAUGGAGGAGGAGCCUUAGGUGGUGGGGUAGGGGGAAGAGAAGGUGGAGGUGGUGGAGCUUUCUUUGGUGGGUCUACUUUUGGUGGAGGAGGUGAUCUACACCGCCCACUUAACCUAUCAAUGAGACUACAAGGUGGUGGAGGUGGAGGUGAACACUUGCCAUUGAGCUUAUUCCAACUGGAGCAUGGGAUAGGUACAAGGUUUCCAUUUGUGAACUCUAAAUGA